ACAUCUCGCUAACGCCGACGUCGGGAUUUACACAUUUUUCCUGCAUGUGCAAAGUGUGCAAGUGCGAAAAUGGCGUGCGAUUUCACAUAUAACAAGUGUCUAAAGUGAAACAUAGAGAUGUGUAUCAAACUACAAUUGUCGUGGAGUUGUUAUAAUAUCGAACUGAAUCGGACUUUGUUCAAAAUACUCACAGCAAUAAUCGAAACACAGUGAUCUCAAAUCAUUACUCAAUAGAAUAAACAUUAAUUAUAUAAUCAACUGAAUUAAGUCUAAUUAAAUAUAGUAUAUCGGCUGUGCAAGUAACAUUAAUACAACAUUUGGAAAAACUGUGACUAUGUGACAAGUGAUUCUUGGACAUACCAGUGCUUCACAUCAAAAGUGGAUUACAGUGAAACUAAUAUCGACGCGGAGGUUUAAAAAUAGUUCAAAAAUAUUGGAUAUAGUGAAUGUGAUAGUGCAAGUAUGGCGUAUAAGUGUAGAGAAGACAUAGUUGGAAAAAGGUUUUUGUCUAUCAGCGGAUUUGCGAAGUUGAAGUCCAAGAAAGUUGGAGAGUGGGGCUGGAGAGGUGGAGUUAUCAGGGCCGCUACUCAUAGGGAUAACAAGAAUCCUGAUCUGCAGGGUUGCAUGACGUACUUAUGUUUCUUGCGUACUAGACGAAAGUUCCAUCUUUGA